AUGGUCACCGCGCGGCAACAUCGUCCGCAGUCUGCGCCGCACCGCCGUCACUCUGCUUCUCCGCAUGGCCCCACGCUGCUGCUUCUCCCUUUCCUCCUCCUCGCCCUCACCUGCCUUGACUUCUCCGCAGCACAAAGCGCGCCGACUCCUUCCGCCAGUCCCCCGUCCGCCAGUCCGUCUCCGCCUCCCCCCGCAACUCCGCCGUCCUGCCCGUUCACCGGGCUACAGCCGUCCGCUCCUUCCGUCUCACCUUCCCGCUGCCCGGCCGCGGCGAAUCUUUCCUGCUGCCCGGCGUGUAGCGAUCUGAACGGUGCGCUACAGCUGGCGUCGGCGAACAUGAGCGCGCUUGUAGCGGAGCUCAGCCCCGGCGCUACAGUCGACCCGAACCUGGGUGUGUGCAAUGGCUUCGAAGGGCAGCAGCGGUGCCUACAGCUUCUCGAGGACCUCAACUGCGCGUCGAGUUGCAACUCAGUCUUCCCACUGUCUAUCCUUCAUCACACUCACACUUCCCUUCUCUCUCCGGCGUCCUUACCCACCCUUCCCAUCCGUUCUCCCUGCCUCUUGCCAGUGGACAAGCUUCAGCUGUCGCAGCUUUACCCAGACGCCUCCUCCCUCCUCGCGUCCUUCGCCAGCAAUGUGACGAAAAUAAUGGGAUCUCUGGUUACCACAUUCGCGAUCGACGAUUCGUCGGCCUGUUUCAACGGCACGGGCAUCUACCCGCAAUACACGGCGUGCUGCGAUCCCUACUCCUCCCUCCCCUCCUGCCCUGUCACAUCCCUCGACCCUUCUAAGUACCAAUCGGUAGUCAAUCGCACUAUUGACUCUAAUAGCUGCAUGGGGAUCGCUCCCCCGUCUCCUCCUCCAGCUCCCGCUCCCGCCCCCGCGUCGCUCCCCUCCGCUCCGCCCCCACCCCCUGCUUCCCCCGUUUCCUACCCCAUCUGCCCCUUCACGGGUAAUUACCCCUCCGUUCCUGCGCUUAUUCCGCCUGCCCGCUGCCCGGCCGCGGCGAAUCUUUCCUGCUGCCCGGCGUGUAGCGAUCUGAACGGCGCGCUACAGCUGGCGUCGGCGAACAUGAGCGCGCUUGUAGCGGAGCUCAGCCCCGGCGCUACAGUCGACCCGAACCUGGGCGUGUGCAAGGGGUUCGAAGGGCAGCAGCGGUGCCUGCAGCUGCUGGAAGAUCUCAACUGCGCGUCAUCGUGUUACCCAAAUUCUGGCGCUUACAUAAGUGGCACCACCAUGCGCGUGUGCACUGCCUUUGCUGACGCCCUCUACACCGCGUGCAGCCCUGUGUGGAGUAAGUGCUAUGUUCCGCAUUACCUGCAGGUUGCAUUAGUGAACAACGUCUCUAUCUCUGCGCUCUUUCCCAAUGCCUCCUCCCUCCUCACAUCAUUCGGGGGCAACAUGACCAAACUCAUGGGAUCGAGUGUUACCAACUUAACCAUUGACGAUUCCAAUUCCUCCUGUUUCAACGGCACUGGGGUUUACCCAACCUACACUGCCUGCUGCGACCCCCUCGCCGCCCCUUCCACCUGCCCUGCAACCGCACUGAACCCCUCUAACUUCCCUUCCGAUCUGAUCAACCGCACCAUUGACUCCCAGUCUUGCAUGGGCAGCCUCCUUCCCCCUCCUCCUCCUGCUGCCCCCCCUUCCGCCCCUGGCUCUACCUCCGCUCCUUCCCCCACCUCUCCCCCGUCCGCCUCCGCCCCUGGGUCCGCCCCCGCGCCUGCCUCCUCCGCCCCCCCGUCGCCCCCGCCAAUUACCACCUUCCCCAACUGCCCCUUCACCAAUAACAGCCCGUACCCGCCUGGCAGCGCCAUGCCGCGCUGCCCUGCUGCGGCGAAUCUCUCCUGCUGCACCGCCUGCCAGGACAUUGAUGGCGCGUUGAAACUCGUCACUACGAAGCUGGAAGAUGUGGUGAAGCGCAUUGGCCCAGCGAAUUCCGUGGAUCCCAGUCUCAAGCUCUGCGAUCUCUACAGUGACCUCAUGUGCGAACAAUCAGUGGAGGAUAUGGUCUGCGCACUCACAUGUAACCCAGAUGCGGGUCGAUAUGUAUCAGUAACAGACGGUGCUGUCACCAUGGCUGUGUGCCCUAGCUAUGCAUCCUUCGCCUAUGGAGUUUGCAAGGGAACUAGAAUUGGGAACAUGACGCUCGAGUCAACCAUUCCGGAUGCUGCCACGUUCCUCAGCACAGUUGUCAGCAGCAUCAUUGGCGUCGCCAUGGGCAUUAGUAGCUUCAACAUCACAGUGCAAGAGACCUCCUGUUUCAACGGGUCCCCCCUCGUCCCCGCCACCCCAGCCUGCUGCGACCCGCUCUCUCUCCCCUCCUCCUGCCCCCUAGGCUCCAUAGACCCUUCUAAAUACCCCGACGCCAUCGGCUCGCUGACCGGUUCUGAGAAUGGCACUAGGCCUCCUCCUCCUCCCUCUCCUCCUUCCAAGGCCGCUCCCGCCACCUCUUCUGCUGCUGUGGCGGCGGCGACGGCGGCUUUGUUGCUGACUACAGUCGCUGUGUUUCUGUGA